CAACAAAACCUAUCUUCUUCUUCUCCAUUCAAUCAUACUGUUUCAAACCAAAAAAAAAUCAGAGCUCCUCCAUGGCCAUGGCUGCUCUUCACUGGUGAGAAUCUCCAUUUUCAUGGAUUCUGACCGCCAUUUUCGUAACACUACGAGUUCCACUGCCUCCGCCUCCGCCUCCAGCGAGCUCUUUAUCUGCUUUACUUCUCGCAUCUCUUCUUCUUCUUCUUCUUCUUCCUCCAUGAAGAUCUCUUCCAAGUCCAUUCUCAGCCCUGGCCGACCUCGUGAACCUGCUCAGAUUUCCCUCUCCACUUCCCUCAGCCGCCGCCUUAAAUCCAGCGGAAGUCUCAAGGGUGGUCAGGCCUCGCCUAUGUUUCCGACUGGCGGGAAGAAGAGAGGUUGUGGGUUUGAGAAUCCUGAGCCGUCGUCGCCCAAGGUUACUUGCAUUGGACAGGUUAGGGUUAAGACGAAGAAGCAGGGGAAGAAGAUGAGGGCUAGAUCGCUGAAGCGGAGGAGUAAUUCGGAGGCUAGUUUUCGGAAAUCGGAGAGUGUUCAAGUUCAAUCACAGAUGAAUGGUAAUGACUUCAUGAAUCAGUCGUCGCAUCAUAAUCACCAUCUUCUUCGUCAGAACAGUAAUGGCGGAAACGGUUUCCAGCAGGAGUGUCUGUCGCAUCGGAACCAGCGGUGGGUGCAUUUGCCUUUCACGAUUUGCGAGGCGCUUAGGGCUUUCGGUGCUGAACUCAACUGCUUCUUGCCGUGCCAUUCGUCGUGUUCGAGCAAUAGGGAGAAUAAUAAGGAAUCGAAGACGACGGAGAGGUCGUCGGAAAGCGAGAGUUCUUGUGGGACGGUGUUUGCGCGGUGGUUGGUAGCGGUGCAGGAUAACGACGGAAGAGGACGGGAGAUCGAACUAGUGGUCGGAGACGAAGAAUCUCGAACGGAGAAGGAUAACGGAAGCCAGAGACGCCAUGUUUUCGAGGGAUUAGAUUUCAAAGAGGAGAAAGAAGUUGUGCAGGAAGAGGAAUCGAGGAUCAGCAUUUGCAUUCCGCCGAAGAAUGCUUUGUUGCUAAUGAGGUGCAGAUCUGAUCCGGUGAAAAUGGCGGAACUGGCGAAACGAUUCUGUGAAUCUCCUGUGCCAAAAUUGGAAGAAGAAGAGGAAGAAGACGAUGAAGAGAACAGUAAUCAAAACGAAGCCAAAAAAGGUGCGCCACUGCCUGUACUUGUGCCUUUGAGUGUAACUUUAAUCAAGGAAGAGGAAGAAGAAACAAAAGUAGAGCUAAAUUCGAAGCUUAAAAACGAGGAAGAAAUGAUUGAAGAAUCUGUAUCUGAUGCCGAAGAAGAAGAAGAAGCUAAUUUGGUUUUACAGGAGGAGAAAGAGGAAGAAGUUAAUGGCGAAGAAUCCAUAGAAAUGGCCACAGAAAACGAAAUCGAUGUGCAGAAAUUAGAUAUUACUGUUACUAAUCAUCAGGAUCAAGAAGAAGAAGCAGAGGAAGACAAAGAACAAGAACACAGAAUCGAUCAAGAUAAUCAACAACAGAAGUUAGAAGAAACAAUGGCAUUUUCGAUUCCGAUUUCAACCCGAUGCGAACCUGAAAUGGUUCAAGAUGCUGAGAAGCUGGAAUCGGCUGAAGGAGACGAAUUCAAGCCAUCCCAUGGAAACGAACAAGACUUCGAAACAGAAGAACACGAAGAACACGAAGAACACGAAGAACACAAAGAACAGAUGAAAGAACUUGAGGAAGAAGAAAAAAGUGAAAAUGGCGAAAAUCCGACAUCACCACCAUUAUCAGUGGAAACUGCAGUUGAUGGGAAUUGGGAAGAAGAAGAAGAAGAAGAAGAAGAAAACAGAGGUAGGUCAACCGAAGAACUAAAAGGGACGACGGCGACAGCGAUGGAUGAAGGAAUCGGACCCCACAUCCAAAACGACGACGAAAUGGGUCUAGAGGAGGAGGACCAGUCAAAGGAGCGAGAAACUCCGCCGCCGGAGCCGGAGAGAGAAACGCAAACACAAACGAAACCAGAAGCCUCUGUCCUUCCAGAUUGCUUGCUGUUAAUGAUGUACGAGCCAAAGCUAUCAAUGGAGGUAUCAAAGGAGACAUGGGUUUGCAGCACAGACUUCAUAAGAUGCGUUCCAACGAGGGAGAAGAAGGCGGCUCCGCCGCCGGCACCGAAGAAGCGAGAGAUAAAGACGGCGGGGAAACACACGCAGACGCAGGUGGCGAUACAGCCGGGAAGGUGGUCGUGUUCAUUUCCGGCAGCGGCGGCGGCGGCGGCGAUGAUAGAACAGAAGCUAGAGAGGGCAAAGGGAGGGUACGAACCGUUCGUUCUGACGAGGUGCAAAUCGGAGCCGAUGAGGUCGUCAGCUAAGCUAGCGCCAGACACUGGCUUUUGCAAAGACCGCAAUCUUGAGCCGCAUCGCCCGGCUACGUUCGGCAUCGGCGCGGCUGGAGUUGGAUUUUGACCAUUUCACCCCUCACCAAGGUUUAAAAAAAGAAAAAAGAAAAAAGAGUAGAAGUGUGUAAAAAUAGUGUGGAGGUAGUAAUUUGUAUUUUCCUAGAAAAAAGUAUUUGUUAUUUUAGGUUUUGAUAUCUC